AUGUCAUUAACAUUGGAACAUGUACGAAGGAAAUCGCCCGAAAAACCUAGACGUAGGGUCAAGUUUUCAAACGAGAACACGAAAGAUCUGCAACCUUCUGCUCGAAAGAAGGUCAGAAAAUUGACAACAAAGCAAAAGUUGAUCAAACAAAGUUUUGAACUUCGCAAGAAAUUUGAAGAGUUAUCUUCAGAAUGGCAAGAAAAGUUAUUCGAUACCGUUGAUAUAAACGUUUUGCGAGAAUCG